AUUUUGGAACCACCGACUAUGUAUCAAGUUGCACACGUAUACAAACUAAUAAAAUUUAGGAAACCGAACAUGGGUAUUGCUGGACUUUGAUCGAUACAUACUUUCCCAGUGGCGCCCUCGAGGAUCGGAAGUAAUAUUUGGAGCACGAUUUGUAGAGAAAAAAAUGCGAGCAGGAAUGCAACUAUGUGCUUGGUGUGGAAUGAUUGAACAACAGCGCAACCAAUUCACUCAGUUCACAGAAGACAAAGUUGUAUGCUCACCGCAAUGUUGGCAGAUGUUAGAGGGAAGUGAGGGAGCGACUACAAACCCUCAUAAAUAACG